ACACUCUCCACAGGCUCAUCUCUCGACUCUGACACCAGUCAUCGAUCCAAAAACAUUCCAAUGAUUUUCCAAAUGUACGAAUCUCAAUACGAGGAUCUCCGCGGCACCAUCUAUGGUCCAAGCUCUCCGGAUUUUCAUCCAGUUCAGGCUUCUGAGACAUUGCGCUCUUCGCUUCACGGACUUGAAACCAAGGAUCAAACGAUUAUCAACACCGUCUUAUAUCACAACAAUUUCCAGCGUCAGAAGAUCUUGGGUGCCUAUGAAGACAUGUAUAGCAGGAAGCUCCUUGAAGACUUGGAAGAAGAAUGCGGUGGAUUUUUCUUCGAAAUGUGUCAAGCUCUUUUCAAACCGGCGCCAAACUACGAUGCUCAAUGCGUCUACAAAUCCCUGUCAAAUCGCCAUGGAGAUCGCUCUGUCGCCAUUGAAAUCGCAUGCACACGAUCGCCACGACAAAUGCGCGCGCUUCGCGACACAUACCAAAUAGAUUAUCGCAAAUCGCUGGAUAAGGAUCUCACCGUUAAGGUCGAGGGAGUUGUUGGAAAAAUGAUGCAUCUCCUUCUGUGCAACAACCGCGAGGAGGGCCUCGGAGUCCGUGUGAAUGAUGAGCUUGUCGACAAGCACGUCAAAAUCUUGAUGACCACUACCAUCGAUGAUAUCGCGAAGAAUGUAAACUUAUUCGAAGAACUUUUCAUCGGACACUCAUGGAAACAUAUUGGAACAGUCUUGGACAAGGUUGAUGAAGCCCGCAAAGACGUUCAAGACAUUGAAAGUAUCAUUCGUCGCAACAAAAAUAUUCACUCCGAGAUUCGGCUGAUUCUAUUGACGAUUGCUCGCGUUUCACGAAAUAUUCAAAUCUAUUUCGCUGAAAAACUCCGAACAGCAAUGACCGCAGAACGUGUCGACCAGUCAACGAUUAUUCGGAUUUGCGUUAGUCGUAGUGAGAUUGACUUACAAGACAUCUCUCUCGAGUACAAGCGAAAAUAUCAACGCCCUCUGGAGCACGACAUUUGCCAAUCAACUUCUGGGGAAUAUACCCGAAUGAUUUGCACACUUCUCAGCGGAUUCAACAAUUUGGAGAACAGUUUUGCGCCGACACCAGAAUCAAUUGAAGAAUAAUUUUCAUUUUGUACAUAUUUAUCAAUUUCUUCCUCAUCUAAUCAAAUUACAAAUCAACACAUACCCUCAUGCCCGCUGACCUAAAAAUUUCAAACUUAUCUCUUUAAUUUCUCACAUUUCUUAAAUGUAUCAAAACUGUACUGAAAAAAUACAAACAAAAAAAAACUAAAAAAACUUUUUUUUUUAAAAAAGAAAGAGAUCAUUCAAAAGAAAAACUUAAAACUACACUUAACACUACACGAAUGUCCGUUUAUAUUUUUGAUCGAAGUUUCAAAAAAAAAGAUGUACAAUAAAUAAAUGAAGAUUCCAAGUU